UGGGACUGAUGACUACAGGGCGGGGAGGGAGAAGCGGCAGGCAGCUGCUCAUUAAUUAAUUUCUAAUUAAAAGUGCUUACCACCCUUCAGUGAUCCCGCGCACGCGUGCCGGGAAACGUGGUGGGGGGGCGAGAGUCCGAGCGCAACGUAGAUUCCCCCUGCUCUGAAGUCUUAUUUUUUUCGGGGCCGCUCAGGGAGCUUCGCCCUCGUGUGGCUCUCUCGGGGCGCCACAGACUUCGGUCCCUUUGAAUUUGGGCCUCGUUGCAGUGAUCCACGGGCGAGACGGUCGCCCCUCCAAGAAACCUAAUUCUGAGUUGUUCUGCGCUACUUUGGGCGCCGCUUCAAUCGCAGUUACCCCAAAAGGAGCCCACACAGCCCAAACAACACAGACGAACCAGGGGCAGGUCCUGUGGGGUCUUUCCUGGCGUAAGACGUUACUGGAAUUGACCUGCGAAUGGAGAGACGGGUCAUUUUUCGCCAUCGCCGCUCCCCGCCUGUGGAUGGGCGAAAUAUGUAGUGCCGGCCCCUGGAAGCCCGAGUUAUUCACUCAUCUGGACCAGAAGCUACAGUAAGGCUGCUUCCCACGCUCACAAACUCAACACAUCUGCUGCUGCUUCCUGAACCUUGAGAGCACUCCAGUUGCCAUGUCCUACCCCCAGUUUGGAUAUCCUUAUUCAUCUGCACCUCAGUUCCUGAUGACCACCAACUCCCUGUCAACUUGCUGUGAGACCAGUGGUAGGUCCUUGGCAGACUCAGGAGCAGCACCCUCCACUCAGACCCCUGUCUACUGUCCAGUAUAUGAGAGCAGGCUGCUGGCCACAGCCAGGCACGAACUCAAUUCAGCAGCCGCUCUGGGAGUCUAUGGGAAUCCUUACACAAACACUCAAGGCUAUGGCAAUUAUGUCACUUAUGGGACAGAGGCAUCGGCUUUCUAUUCCUUGAAUAGCUUUGAUUCGAAGGAUGGGAGUGGAUCUGCACAUGCGGGCAUUACCCAAGCGACUGCUUACUAUCCCUACGAUCACACGCUCAGUCAGUAUCAAUAUGACAGAUAUAGCACCAUGGAUGGAGGGACACGGAGGAAAAACGCCACUCGGGAAACAACCAGCACACUGAAGGCCUGGCUGCAGGAACACCGCAAGAACCCUUACCCAACUAAAGGCGAGAAGAUCAUGCUGGCCAUCAUCACCAAAAUGACCCUGACACAGGUUUCCACCUGGUUUGCCAAUGCCCGGAGGAGGCUCAAGAAAGAGAACAAAAUGACAUGGCCCCCGAGGAACAAGUGUGCUGAUGAAAAAAGACCCUACGAGGAGGGCGAGGAGGACGAGGAGGGAGAAGGUCAAGGGGAGAACCUAAAGAAUGAGAAAGUUGAGGAGGCCUCCGGGAAGGAAGACAAAGAGCUGGGCCUAAGCGACCUGGACGACUACGACCCACUGGAGUCGGAAAGCUCGGAGGGCGAGCUGAAGACUCAAGCCUUCGGCCACGUGGAGAGCAGCGCGUGCGCCAACGAGCCAAGCAAGGAACCCACUCUGGUGACGGGCCCGGCUUCGCUGGACAGCCCCCUCGACAGGGCCAAGAGCUGCCUCAAGGAGCCUGGGUCGGGGCCGGAAGGCUGCGAGGCGACGGAGCUGCUGAACGCCAGGCAGAGAAGCUGCGAAGCCAAGCCGUGUUACCAGCCGCAGCCGCCGCUCCUCGAAGGCGGCGGCGGAAAGCCGAGGAUCUGGUCGCUGGCUCACACGGCCACCUCGCUCAACCAGGCGGAGUACCCCUCUUGCAUGCUGAAGCGCCAGCAGGGGGCGGCGAGCGGCGUCGGGGCCGCGCAGGCAGCGAGCGUCCUGGAGAGGCCCCCGAAGGAUUCCCCCGUGGCCAACCUCAGGAACUGGGUGGACGGCGUGUUCCACGACCCCCUUUUCAGACACAGUACUCUGAACCAGGCCUUGAACAGCACCACAGUGUCUUGGGCGACCACCAAAGGCUCCAUCUUGGAGACGGGGGCCUUGGGGCGCUCGCUGGGGGGCGGAGCCGCCGUGCUCAAGGGGCAGUUGGCCGGCCUGGCUGGGCCUCAGGACUCCGGCAAAGACUUCCUGGCUUUUCCCAAAGCGGGCAGCAAAAUGUUCUGCUCUUAACGACCGAGCCCUGUCCCGUCCCGUCCGCCUCCCUGGGUGAGAGUGGUGGGCGGGGGGGCGGAAAGGCAAGGCGAGAAAAGACUCGGACCUGGCGAGCCGCUGAGGCGGGGUGGGCCUGGUUGACUUGGCGGGGAACUCGAAAGACUUGGGAAAAGAGAGCUUGACAUUUGGGCAGGAAACGUUUUACAGGGAGCGGAGCAGAACGGGCAUUUUAAAAGUUGCGGCUGGAGAUUCCAGGCGAGAGGAAAGAGACUCCAUUCAUCCUCUGCUUUGGGGGGAGUUUUGACCACUUUCAGCAAUCGACAUCUUCAUCCCAGAUCUUGCGUACGCGCCACUCGCGCCGCCUUUAGAAUUUCCUGGGGCAAGUUCACGAGGUGCGAGAUUCGAAUUCAGCUUCUUCGAGGAGGAAAGGGGGGAGGGGCAUUUGUCUCGUUCUUUCCUUUCCUUUUAAUUUGUGGCAUGCCGACCUUAGUUACCAAAAAGACUGUCUCGGACUUCCCCUCCCCCCUCCUCUUUUCAUUGUUAGCAUCCACACAAAAAAAAAAUCGCACUUCUUUCACCGAGUUUAAACCCCAUUGCGCUCACGCACACGAGCACAGAAUUUUUGAACUUGACAAAUAGGCUAUGUCGAAAAGGUAUGUUCACCUCAAAUAAAUUGUCUGUCUCUCAGAGUUAUCCUAUGA